GCUUGUGAUUGGUUAUUAAGCUUUCAGUCACGUGUGCGUCAGCGGCCAUUGGUUUACGCUGCCGUAGCCGUUUGAAGGUUUUCUUGUAAAAGCCGUCAGACAGGCGGAGAGUGGCAGACAAACCACAGCCAUUGUUACAGAAAUAACAUGGUUUUACCCACAAAGCUGGAGCUGUACGGUCUGAGGAUUUAGCUUUACAUCUCAAACUACACACAUUUGGAGGGUUUGCUCCUUAGUGUCCUCCUGGAGGUGCCAAACGCAGCGGCCAUGUCUGUGACUGUUCAUGAGAAUCGAAAAUCCCGCACCAGCACGGGCUCCAUGAACAUCUCACUGUUCCACAAGCCUUCACACCCGGACAGCGUGCUGACACACCUGAACUCUAUGAGGAAGCAGUGCAUGUUCACUGACGUCACUCUGUGGGCUGGAGACCGAUCCUUCCCCUGCCACAGGGCCGUCCUUGCAGCAUGCAGUCGAUACUUCGAGGCCAUGUUCAGCGGAGGUCUACGGGAGAGUCUGGACAGUGACGUCAACUUCAGAGACAGUAUACACCCUGAGGUCUUGGAGCUCCUGCUGGACUUUGCCUAUUCCUCCCGAGUCAUCAUAAACGAGGAGAAUGCUGAGUCGCUGCUGGAGGCCGGAGACAUGCUGCAGUUUCCCGACAUCAGGGACGCAGCGGCAGAGUUUUUAGAGAAGAACCUGCACUCGUCUAACUGCCUGGGGAUGAUGCUGCUGUCAGACGCUCAUCAGUGCAAAAGGCUGUACGAGCUGUCGUGGAGGAUGUGCCUGCUGCACUACGAGACGAUGAGGGAGUCGGAGGACUUCUACAGUCUGAGUAAAGACAAACUGCUUGAGCUGAUUCUUAGUGAUGAGCUGGAGAUAGAGGAUGAACAGGUGGUGUUUAACUCGGUGAUGCGUUGGGUUCGAUUCGACUUGGAGGGUCGUCGUCACCACAUACCGGAGCUGCUGCAGGGCAUCAGGCUGGCUUUGCUGCCCUCUGAGUGUCUGCUGGAGGCCGUGGCCUGUGAGGAGCUGGUGAUGGCCGACAAGAGGAGCAGGUCGAUAGUGGAGGAGGCGAUGCAGUGUAAGAAGAAGAUCCUCCAGAACGAUGGCGUGGUGACCAGUCCCUGUGCUCGACCACGAAAAGCAGGACACACACUACUGAUACUGGGAGGCCAGACCUUCAUGUGUGACAAGAUAUACCAGGUGGACCAUAAAGCUAAAGAGAUCAUUCCUAAAGCCGACCUGCCCAGCCCCAGGAAGGAGUUCAGUGCCUGUGCCAUCGGCUGUAAGGUGUACGUGACGGGAGGACGAGGGUCAGAGAAUGGGGUUUCGAAAGACGUCUGGAUCUACGACACGGUCCACGAAGAGUGGUCCAAAGGAGCUCCUAUGCUGAUAGCCAGGUUUGGCCAUGGCUCGGCUGAGCUGGAGAACAGCCUCUAUGUAGUUGGAGGUCACACAGCCAUAGCUGGAGUGUUUCCUGCCUCUCCAUCUGUCUCUCUAAAACAGGUGGAGCGUUAUGACCCCCUCAGUAAUAAAUGGACCAUGAUGGCUCCUCUCAGAGAUGGAGUCAGUAAUGCGGCAGUGGUCAGUGCUAAACUCAAACUCUUUGUGUUUGGAGGGACGACCAUACACAGAGACAAGGCCUCAAAGGUUCAGUGCUACGACCCCGUGGGGAACCGCUGGAACAUCGCGGCUGAAUGCCCCCAGCCGUGGCGUUACACGGCAGCAGCUGUGUUAGGGAGUCAGAUCUUCAUCAUGGGGGGCGACACUGAGUUCACCGCCGCCUCUGCUUAUCGGUUUGACUGUGAAACCAACCAGUGGACACGAGUGGGCGACAUGACGUCCAAACGGAUGAGCUGCCAUGCCGUGGCGUCAGGAAAUAAGCUGUACGUGGUGGGGGGGUAUUUUGGAACGCAGCGGUGUAAAACGUUGGACUGUUAUGACCCAACGUCAGACAGCUGGAACUCCAUCACCACCGUGCCUUACUCUCUGAUCCCCACCGCCUUCGUCAGCACCUGGAAACACCUGCCUGCCUAAGGGGGAGGAAUUAGAACUACAGGUGUUGAAGAUUAUCCGGCUUGAGGAGGAUCUCUGAGACUCCGCACAGGACCAACAGGACGAUCCGUCACACUCACUGACUCUGGAUCAGUCCUGAACCACAGCACAGUAUCUUCAUACAGAGAGAGAGAGACUCUGAAUCUGAUGCUUCCUUCAUAAUGUGAUCAGACCGACUCACGCAAACAGUGUUUUUGUUCUGUUUUCUCUGGGGCCAUGUUUCAUUCAUGUCUUAGUAAUUAUCGAAUAAACCACACUGUUUAAAAACAGGGGCAGGACGCUGCCACAUCAACACAUGUACAUACUGCCAUGUUCCCUCAAAACACUACAACAUAGGAAGUGAAGCCGAACGUGAAGCUCCACGUGCUAAGAUGUUCUCUAGUAUCACUACUCUGGUAUUAUAGUGUUACCAGCAUUUCUGCCACGUCUGCACUCAGAGAGUGAGUGAGUGAGUUCAAACUGUCCUCUCUUCAUCAUCGCAGAAGAAAUCAUUCAUGAGUUUAGAUUGAUUACGUCAGAUCAGUGUGAGUGUUCAACAUGUGGGUAUUUCAGCAGGAGCAUUAUUGUUUAAUAUGAGGAGGUUAAGAUGUGAUCAGACCUAACACAAACUGAAUUUAGUGCACGAUGAAGUCAAAUAGAAAGUCAAUGGCAACACUACGGCUGUAUCUGCAGCGGGAUGCUAAUUGUAUGUGUUCAAACAUUUACACUGAGACACAAAUCUGCUUGAUGCUGUGUCACUGAAGACAAUCAGUGUUUAGAUUUCCUGACUUCCUGGAAUGCAUCAGAAAAGAUGGAUCUCACCUCCAUUCAACAAAGAAACAUUGUAAAAGUUGUUUUCUUCUCUUCUUGAGGACAGACCUGACAAAGCUUGACUUUUAUUUGAGCAAACUUUAGAGCUGUUAAUUUCCAGAACAUCACAAGAUCAUCAGUUUCUGUUUCAGGUUCAUACCACUGAAGUAAGCCAGACUGAAGCAGUAUUACAACUCUGAUUAUAAGAUGAGCUCCUUUUUUAAGAUCCAUUUAUAUAAAUACUUUUUUAAGACCAUAUCCUGUUUUUACAAAGAAAACUUUAAUCUAAAUGAUAAAUGUAACUAGGGCUGUCAGACAGUUCAUUUCUUUCAUUGUGAUUAAUUGCUGAUUUCAGUUCUUCAUUCUGAUUAAUCACAUUUUUAAUCACGUCUUAAAAUUUAAGACAUUUAAGAAAAGUUUUUAAGUCCAUAUUAACAAUGUAAAGCAGUUCUUACUUGUGUGUUGAUUCGUGAAUCAAAUGAAACAAGUCUUCCUCAGUGUGACUGACCUGCAGUCAUUUCAGCUGCUCUGUAGUUAACUUCAGUGAUUGAGUCUCAUCCUCAGGUCUGUGGUUAUUCUCUCUCUCCUAAAUAGCUCUCUGUCAGUUUUUGUGAUGUGGUCGCCCGCUGACAACAGUCUGAUUAGCUGCACCUGUAUGCUUAGCUCGUAGGUGGUCGCUCGAACUCAAAGUACUUCAUGAUGUUUUAAUUCAGUUUGACACAGAGACCGGAUUACUUUGACCUGACGUUUUUUAGAGUAAGAUGUGUCGUUCAAAAGAGCAGAGGUGUUAUUUUACGCAGCUGCAAGCAGGAAGACAGUUCAGUGUUUCAACUACUGGGUGCUGAGAGAAGCAAUAUUGCACACAGUCAGAAAAAAAGUCAUUGAUUUUGGACCUAGAAUUGCAUCGUGUUAACGCUGACAGCCCGUAUAGUAACACACUGAAUAAAACAAGGUCUGUUAUAGUAAUUGUCCCAUUUAAAUCACAUAUGAUCAGAUGUGUAGAUGUUCUCAGUAUUUAAACACCAUAAAGAUUAAAAUAAUCUGCAGCCUAUUGGAUGGAUGACAGACCUGAUUUUCAGUCACAUUCUCAGACACAUUUUUCAGACGUUCUUUUUAUGCUCUCCAUCUUCAGACAUCACAGCUCAGUGACUUCAUACGUCAGCUCAGUGACAGCUGUUGAAUGUCUCUGCUGAAAAGAUAACCGUUAUAUUAAUAUCAGCAUCAUAACUCCACCUACUUUUGAUGAAUAACUCCGCCUACUCUUGAUGGAUAACUCCGCCUACUUUUGGGGUCUCGAUCACUGUGUCUCUCCCUGCUGCUGUGUGAGUGACAGCUUGCCACAGUCAUGAGGAGUAUACUCACUCUACAGACAAGCUGAGCGACAACUGUGGUGAUGAAUAUUGCCCUGUAAUUACUAAACCCUGAAGUGUAGACGAUCACACAUUUUCCACAUGCAGUCAUAGGAAAAAUACGCCCUCUCUUACUCUGAUCAGUAUGGUGGUCACUAGUCCCAAUAAAAGAAAUGGUCUCUAUCAGAGAUGUGAUGAUAGAAGAUAUGUUGAUACAUUUUUGCCAUCAUAUCAUUUGCGAGGGUUGAAAUUUUGUAUCCCCUCUUAUCUGAAUGUACAGAACUGAUUUUAAACUGAAUCCUAAACUUGUGCGAGUACUGCAGCACCUGUAUUUUCUUUGUGUUUGGUCUGAAUUCACCUGUGACACUAUUAUUCACACUGGUCCAACAUGGUUGCUUUGAAAAUCUUCCAAGGAGUUAGGAUUGGUCAGUUGAUCUGGUUGGAUUAACGCUGGAUAUCUAAAUCUGGAUUAUUCUGAUCCAGAUGAAACCUCCCAAACAGCUGGGCCUCCAGGAUGAGGUCUGUCUGCAUCAUCCCCGUCUGGCUGUUCUGAACCACAGUCAGCAGCUUCAGCUGAAGUGCCAACACAGCAACCACAACACAGAGACUGAUCAGUGCCGGGUGACAACACAAGUCUUAAUUUCAUGAUACCUUAAUCUCAUCCUUCAGCUUGAUGGAGCUGGAUCCGGUUCAGGGCCCAGUGUCUCUGAGCCUUAUGUUGAGACUCUGCUGUCAGUAGAGCAACACAACUCACUUCUUACUUUUGCCUUUGAGACCUCUGUUGAGCUUUAAAGCGUCAUUUUGAAUAUCAUUUAAAGUGUAAGGAAACACACCGUCUGUGAAUUAAAGUGACAGUUCGACAUGGACUCUGUGUUUUAAGAACAUGUGAAAUAGUAACUCUUAGAUGUGGAGGUUUUACAGUCUUUAUGUCAGACAUGAUGUGAGAAGCACAGAGCAGCGUGGUGCAGAGUGUCCUGCAGAAACAUCACUUCCUCUGAACCCUGAGCUGAAUCCUACUUUUCUACAACACUAUGCACUUUUGAUAUGCAUCCAUUGACAGAGGAGUGUAAAAUAGUUUCUGCAUGCUGGAGCUACAUCGGCUGUUAUGAUAAUAGAAACAGGCACAAUAAGGACAAUGGAGGUUUCUGCAGGACACAGGUGCAUCACGGCUGGUUCACUAUAACGUCUCUGUACAGUAUUUGCUGGUGUUUUAAGUCUUUUGCACUCGUCUAACUUGUCAGAGCUGUCUCAGUUUAAUCUGCCUGGACUUUGAUUUCAGAUCAAAUACUCUGCAGCUGUUCUUUAAAAGCUGAAGAGGUGAAAAUGUUAGUGUUUUUGAAAGAAGUGACGAUUUUAGGAAUGAUUUUAAAGGAUCUUCUUUGAGGACAAAUUGUUGGAUACUGAAUGUUUUUACUGGUGAAAAUAAACUUUGACCCACUUUUUAAA